CCUGCUCGAUCCACAUCCGGGUCCCUUUUGCUGCUGCUGGUGUGCAGAGAUUCGGUCCCGAUCACGGCGGACCAAAACAGCGGUCAAAUCUGACACUUUUCAUUUUACACAUCCAUUUGGGACGCAGAAUAAAUGGGAAUGAUGCAUUCCUGGCUUAAACAGAUAAGGGAGGUCCGCUCUUUCACAGACUGAAUGCAAAGCCAAACAAUCCAGCAGCCUGUUUCUCUCUCUCCACCGCCGCGCUCAGUUUAUAUCUCUUUAUUACUCUUCGCCCUUCUUUCCUUUUCUGUUUUUAUUUUUUAAUUCAACCGCUUCAGAACACACCAGGACGUUAUCUAAUCGAUUCUUAAACCGCAGAGAUGGGUGCAUUUCUGGAUAAGCCAAAGAUGGAGAAGCACAACGCGCACGGAGAGGGAAACAGCCUGCGCUACGGCCUGAGCAGCAUGCAGGGCUGGCGCGUAGAGAUGGAAGAUGCGCAUACCGCUGUCAUCGGUCUACCCAAUGGCCUCGACCCCUGGUCCUUCUUUGCCGUUUACGACGGGCAUGCAGGAUCACAGGUGGCACGUUACUGCUGCGAGCACCUUCUGGAUCACAUCACCAGCAACCCUGACUUCCAAUGCGGGGGCGGAGGCGGGAGUCCAAAUGUCGAGCCCGGCGUUGAGAGCGUAAAAACAGGAAUCCGUACGGGUUUCCUGCAGAUCGACGAUCACAUGCGCCAGAUCUCGGAGAAGAAGCACGGUGGCUCUGACCGCAGUGGCUCCACGGCCGUCGGUGUGAUGAUUUCCCCUCGCCACAUCUAUUUCAUCAACUGCGGAGACUCGCGGGGGCUGCUGAGUCGCCGUGGUGCCGUUAACUUCUUCACACAGGACCAUAAACCCAGCAAUCCACUGGAGAAAGAGAGAAUUCAGAAUGCUGGAGGGUCUGUGAUGAUCCAGCGAGUGAAUGGGUCUCUGGCCGUGUCCAGGGCUUUGGGGGACUUUGACUAUAAGUGCGUGCACGGUAAGGGUCCCACGGAGCAGCUGGUGUCGCCGGAGCCUGAGGUGUAUGCUAUAGAGAGGUGUGAGGCAGAGGAUGAGUUUAUUGUACUGGCUUGUGAUGGCAUCUGGGAUGUCAUGGCUAAUGAGGAGCUGUGCGAUUUUGUUCGUUCCCGGCUGGAGGUAACGGAUGAUCUGGAGAGGGUCUGCAAUGAAAUUGUAGAUACCUGUUUAUACAAGGGAAGCCGUGACAACAUGAGUGUCGUGUUGGUGUGUUUCGUCGGUGCACCGAAGGUUUGUCCUGAGGCUGUCAAAAGAGAGGCGGAGCUCGAUAAGUAUCUGGAAGGCAGAGUAGAAGAGAUUCUAAAAAGGCAGGGGGACGAAGGUGUGCCAGACCUGGUUCAUGUGAUGCGUACAUUAGCAUCUGAGAGCAUCCCCAACUUACCACCUGGCGGAGAGCUGGCCAGCAAGCGGAGUGUGAUUGAAGCAGUAUACAACAAACUCAACCCAUACAGGAAUGAGGAUACAGACUCUGCAUCCACGGAUGACAUGUGGUAGCCCCGCCCCUUAAACACCGCACAGAGUUUACAACCCUCCAGAACCCCGCACAAGAACCGUUCCACAGGACCCAACACCAGUACCCUGCACAACAACCCUCAAGCAGACGACUACCACAAGACCUGCACAAGAACUCCACCACAGCCCGGCUCAGCUGCUCUGGACUGCUCAGAGGAAGAGGAGGAAGGGACUGAGGGCUCCUCUUUUGUUCACAUAACCUUCCUUCUUCAGAGCAAGGCAAUGGUACCUUCUGGAAAUUUCUGUAUACUUUUAUGUCCCGAAUCACUUUUUUCCCCAAAACCUUUUAUUCUUAACCCUCUUAAAAAAAAUUCUUUUUUUGGUGUAAUUAUUAAUUUGAUUCACGUCUCCUUGUGUGUUUGUAAAUUUCAGCUUUUAUUUCUGUGAAGUGCAAUUGUCUUGUACAAAGAAAAGCCUGUAUCAAAUGCAGCUUGAAUUUUAAGUUUAUAAAAAAAGGAAAAAAAAUGGCACAUCGUUAUGCCCGUCCUGCUUUUCUGUUUCCUCUCCAACCGUCGAAAACCAACACAGCAUCUCCCUCCUUUUUUUUUUUAAAAGAUAUGAUUUUUUGUAUUGUUAUUUUAUAAGUGAAACGGGUAAAUGAUAUGGGCUCACAGCACAGUACAGUAAGCUUUUUGUAAAUCCAUGGCACAGAUGACAGUAAUUAUGUUCUCCUCAGUACUACUGUUUUAUUUUAUUUCUCUGGUGGGGUCUAUUUCCCCUCUUCCUCUGAGGAAACCGCUUUAACUCCUGCUUAAACUAUAAGCUGAACUUGUGUGCCUGUGUAAGAGUGUGUGUGUGUGAUGGAGAAAUAAGUGAUUUGUGUGUAUGUGUGUGGAUGCAUAGUGAAACUCGUUUUAUGGGUAAGUGUCUGUUACUUGAUUGGACAAAACCUGACUUUACCCGCCUCCUUUUUCAUCAUUAACACUAUGGCUUUUCUAUCUGCAUUCAGUGUUCUGCACUUUUGCAGCUUUUUGGUUUAAGAAUGGCCUAUAGGAGCAUCCUAGUGCAGCACAUGUGCUUGCUGGAAAAGGAAUUAAGAAGCUUGCAUUCAGAAAUUAAGCAAGCCCUCUGGUGUGUGUAUGUGUGAAUGGACGUGUGAGAUUGCAUGUUUUAUUGUGCUUAAAAUUAUGUGGGUUUAACUGGGAUAUUUAGGCUUUUUGACACAUAUAUAUGGCUUUAGCUAUAGCGCUCACUUACCCAUCUGCACUACUUGGAGAGAAAGCGUGUCACCACUCUAUACUUCUAUGCUUCAUUUUAGUUUGAUUGUGAAUGAUUUGUUUUGUUAUUUUGAUGUCUUGAAGUUUUUAAUUUGAGCAUAUUUUUAAAAGAACAAAUCUAGUGUAAUGCAGUGGUUUAAGGCGAAGCCUGCUCGUGGGACUAAUAAGGAGCGCAACAGAAAACUGUUUGCUGCUAAGUGUAUGAUUGAUCGAUUCAUUCAUUCAUUUGAAUGCUCAUAGUUUAUUUUCUCGUGCACCUUUCCCCUCUUGUCCCAAUGCUGUAUGUGAGAGAAGUUGCAAUGAUUGUCACUUCUAAAUGUUUGUCUAAAGUGUGACAGUAAAAACAUCUGUGUCCCUACCUCCUGAAACUAAUUCGUAUUUUUGUUAAAAGUUUUAACCUGAUCUCACAGGGAAAUGUGACUGUUUUACAAGGUGGUGAUUUUUAGUAAGAGUUUGUAUAAUGUGAGUACAAUUGUUAGCAUAAGGGUCCACCCCUAACCACAACAGUGAACGCAAAUUACAUGCAAACGCAUGAAUAAGAUUGUAUAAAUUGCUAAAAAAGGAAAAUAGUUACGAAUUGCCAUGAGAUUGUUGAGCAUUGUGCGAGCAUUACCUUGAGUCUAAUAAAUAGACUGAUCUUUUGUCCUAAUCUCAUUUGCAUACUGAAAUAAGAGUGCGUAAUUUGUCUUUUUCAUAAAUCUCACAGGGUGAUUUAUUAAACUUUAAAACUAAUAUUGUAAUAAAAUGACAAUCUAACAGUGUAUAGCUAAUGUAAACUAAAACAACCUCCCUGUGUCCUCUUUGCUUUUGGCUUGUGUUAUAACAUGAGCUUGAUGAUCAUUGUGCUUUUGUGAGAUGUUUUCCCAAGUGGAAGUUGGAAUAUUUGUGAAAUAAGAGAAUUUGCGAAAAAUAAAUAUGUAAUUAAUGGGAUAGUUCAUUUUAAUGUCAUGUAAUUGCCCUCUUGUUCUACCAAACCUGACUUUCUUGACUCUAAACCGCAAGCGCAAAUUUUAAACCAUAAUGUCUCUCUUCAUAUAAUGAAAGUGAAUGUGGAGUAACAUUCAAUUUGUUCCAGUUAAGAUUGUGCAGGUUAGAAGCACCAUCAGGGUGAGUAAAUUUUUUUUUUUAUUUUUUUUUUUUGAUGAACUAACCCUCAAACAGGAUAAUUUAGGAUGGAAUAAGAUAUGUUUUUAGGUUUUUGUGUCUGCAAAUCUGCUGUCGCUUAGGAAUGUAGACCAGAGGAACAACACUGUUGGUUUGCUUAACCUUCAGUUACAGGACUUUAACAAACUCACACAUUAAGUUGACGUAAAUGGCAACUCAGAUGUUGUUUCGUUUUGUUUUCAUUGCAGCUGUGUUACAUUGCUGUUGUACAGGUUUGCUCCCGUCCAGAUAGAUCCACACAGAUCAAAACUGUUGCAGUUAGGACAAUUGAGUUGAGAGGUUACAUAAUGGCAGUGAAAAUAUACAUCCCCCAGGAAUAGACUAGAAGUGUUAUGAAUGUGUUUUAUUGCUAGGUCUUGUCACUCAAACAGGCAAAGGCAUUUUAUAAGGAAUUCAUAUCGUGCUUGAACCAGUGCGUUUUUAUCGUUUUAAGUUUUUGGGUUUACUUUUGUAAAAUUCAGCAUUUCAGCUUUUGGUUGUCCAUUGAAGAUCCCGCUUUUAGUUUUAUGCUUCCAUUUCUGUGGUUGCUUGCUCCGUCGUGUUAGCUUGGUAGCAGAUUUUUGUUUAUUAUUUGGACCUGCCUACUUUAAUGUUUAACCCCAGUGAUUAAUGCAGCCUUAACGCAUCCUGCAGAACCCCACCCUUAAAAAGCUCUCAUAAUGUGUGUUCAUAGAGGACUGUAGCUUUCUUAUGUUACCGUGCCCCUUACAUACCGCAAUUUUGUGCAUAAGGGAACAAAUAUUUUUUUAGCAUGUUGUAAUUCAGUGGCUCAACCACUUGGACACAUUCUCAUAGAUAUUCAGAAAGUAUUCUGCUCCGGAAUCCCACCUCUGGCCCCAGCGGGAUUAUAUUAUUUUUUGCUGAUUUCAGUCAUCUGCUGUCCUCAUAAGCUAAGCUAUUUUUGUUAAAUAAUUGAUAUGUAUAUUUGUAUUCAUUUAUAAAUAUGUACACAAAAUGAAGUGAGUAAUCGAGGAUUAUCUUUCCUUCCUGUAACCCACUGUGACCCUCUGGUCAUCAUCUAACUGUUCCACUGUUCAUUUUUGGUUGUUUUAAUCUUUUCAGACUGGAAAUAAACCUAUUUUAUUUGAAAA